AUGUUCACGCAGAUUGUUAAUCUGAUCAUAGACAUCAAACCAGAUAACGUAUUCAUAAACUACCACCCCAACAACCCAGAAGAAGACCGAUUCCAAGACAUUAAACUCGGUGACUUUGGCGACACAUACCCCAUUGACGCCUACGGCCCUUCCUCCGGCGCCUUCGUCGGUAUACCCGAGUGGGCCAGCCCAGAGAUGAUGUUCGAGCUUCCCUGGACCACAGCAACAGACAUCUGGUCCUUUGGUGCCCUGCUCAUCAGCCUCAUCUACGGCGGCAAUUUCAAUCUCUUUGCCCCCCAAGGACCAGUCGCCGAUCUACCUGAAGAGCAGUUGGCGGUUCUGGUACAGCAUUACCAGUGGUUUGGCCCGUUUCCAAAAAAGUUCCGCGAGAUUGCUAGAGAGGAUGCGAUGAUGGUGGUAGAGAGGUUGGAGCAGGAGUUUACGCCAGAGAUGACGAGCUUGUUUCGCAGGAUCAGUAGAAAGGAAGUUAGCAGUGGGGAUAGGGACUUUUUGUUGAGGAUUAUGAAGCUUGAUUAG